UGAGAGUUGUGUGCCGUUACCUGAAUCUGGUAAUGACCAAUCAGAGUGCAGUAUCAAUGUCAUGUGACAUUCUUACGCCCACAGUAUCGCUUAGUUAGUUUCUUUGUGGUAUAGAAUGCAUGAUAAUAAUAAAAUAAUGGGGAUGGGCAAGACUGUGCUAGUGCAAGAUUAAGCGACCAAGCAGAGCUUAUCAAUCAAGCUGCAAUUGAGACAAAUCCUCCAGUGACUUUAGUAUGUAGAUGAUUUGCACCACUUAAUUGUCUUACAUUGGAGAAAAUCUUUCCAGUCUGAAAGUAUGUGGGGAUGGAAAGGGCUUUACAGUAGCCUUCUACCACCAGUUCUCAUGGUUUCUUGGUUUCUCUGCCACAAACUAAGCAAGGGGAGCUUAUUUGUAAUUGUGUAGCUAUUAAUUUGCAACCCACGCAUGUCAGACAUUACAAACCACAUGAUGAUGUCAUACAUGAUGUCAUGCAACUCAUUAAAAUUCCACCGGCACAACUCUCAGAUAGGCAAAGUCCCUUACCCCGAGGAAGGGCUGGCUGGUGAGUCUAAUAAAAUGUGUCAUGCCUGUAUUGAAGGUAAAGGAGUCUGACCUAGCUAAGCUCAAGAGACAGCUAUUGCUAGGCCUACCAAAGUCAGCUAGAGUAGUGGAUAUCAUCACCAAUGUGCAAAGUGAAAAACUGGAAGCCAAUCUAUACUUGGAUAAAUGGCCCGACUUCUCUGCCGUUGUAGCUCAGUUGAUCUGGCCAAGAAUAUCAGAGGUAGCAGACAUUAGUGCCUACACCACAUCCAGCAAGGCUCUGGUCUCAGUUCUGACUGAAGGAAAGCUGAUUGCCUGGGGGAACAGACAGUACAUAAAAGGAAUAGAAAGUGAGCAUGCAGACUACUUUCUGAGAAACAUAGAUUGUGAUGCAGCAGUAAAAGUAAAAGAGUUCAAUACUCUGAGCUGCGUAUAUGUUGGAACACCUUACCACUUCACUCGAAGCGAAGAACCUCCUAAAAUAGAAUGCCCAGAAAGCUAUUUCAUCGGAAAACUUCAGCCACAUCAUUUCAAGAUUGUAAGCGAUAGCUGGCCCUACUAUCAUGAUAUGCCACACAGAGAACACUACAUUAAGUACAGUAUCGAGCACUAUGAAAGUAUUGGGCUCUUUACAAUGGAGUUUCCUACCAUCCCAAUUUCAUUCAUGGUGCAAUUUCCAGAUGGGCAAAUGGGGUUUGGGUACACUGCACCUGAGUAUCGGGGAAAAGGACUCUACUCAAUCGUCAAGAAUGAAAUGUGUCGAGCAUUGCUUUUGGCUGGAUAUUCAUCACCCAACUAUGAUACCAGUGAAACAGCACCACCACCUAGCCCAGAAUCUAUGUUUGAGUUUUGUGGAUACAGGAUAAAAAGUUUUGUACUCAAGUAAUGUACACGUAUACAUAUGAUGUUUUACUUUUUAAUGAUGCUCUGGGCAUGCAUGUGCACUGAUUUAUGCCUGUUGAUUACUAAUAAUUAUUGGUACAAAAG